AUGGUGAACACGAUUGCAUACGUUUUUCGGUUUUCCAACAACAUCAUUAAGAGGAUGAAGAAGCAGGCAGUUACGAAUGGCCCAUUGACAAUGGAAGAAUUAACAGUCUCUGAAUCUCAUUUGAUCCGGCAAGCUCAAGAAGAUGCCUACCCUGACGAAUUCAUCAUUCUUCAGAAGAAGCCUGGCAGUGCCACUCUCUCGAAAACUAGUGCUUUGUAUAAGCUCACUCCUUGGAUCGACAAUCACGGAAUCAUGCGGAUGCGAGGUCGUAUUUCUGCCUGUGAAUUCGCGACCGAAGAUGCCAAGAAUCCGAUUAUUUUACCCCGUGACCACCACGUCACCACUCUCGUAAUUGCACAUUAUCACCAAAAAUACCACCAUCAAAAUCACGAGACCGUAAUAAACGAGAUACGUCAACGUUACUCUAUUCCUCGACUUCGCAGUACCUACAUACGGGUACGCAACAGUUGUCAACGAUGUAAAAAUGACCGGGUAAUUCCGCAGCCUCCUAUCAUGGCAGAUCUUCCACAUACCAGGCUGGACGCAUUUGUUCGUCCAUUCACACAUGUAGGCGUGGACUACUUUGGCCCUCUUACGGUUGUAAUAGGCAGGCGAUCAGAGAAGCGAUGGGGAAUGCUCGUAACAUGUAUGACAAUACGAGCCAUCCAUAUUGAGAUCGUCCAUUCUCUAAGUACUAAUUCGUGCAUCAUCGCGCUGCGCAACUUUAUCUCGCGUCGGGGUACUCCCCGAACCAUCUACAGUGAUCGCGGCACCAACUUUAUUGGAGCGUGUCGUGAAGUGCAACAGGCAGAGGCUUCGGUCAACAUGGAAGAUAUGAUGAAGGAAUUCAUUUCAUCGCAAACUAAAUGGGUCUUCCUCCCACCUCUAUCUCCUCACAUGGGUGGCUGCUGGGAGAGAUUGAUCGGCACAGUAAAGCGGAAUAUGACAGCUGUUUUAUCAACGCAAAGACUGACGGACGAAGUGCUGCGAAAUGUGUUGUGCGAAAUUGAAAAUGUAGUGAAUUCUCGUCCACUCACUCACGUUCCGAUCGACGACGAUUCUGGUCCAGCCCUAACGCCAAACCACUUCCUCCUUGGAUCAUCAGAUGGCUGCAAGCCUUUGUGCGUGCUCGAAGACAAUGGUGCAGCUAUACGACAAUGUUGGCGUACAUCGCAAAUCCUUGCGAAUAGGUAUUGGCGACGAUGGGUGAGUUCCUAUCUGCCUGAGAUUACUCGCAGAACUAAGUGGUUCAUCAACACAAAGGCGAUUGAAAUCGACGACGUGGUAAUUAUUGCUGACCCUAAGAGUCCCCGGAAUUGUUGGCCCAAGGGAAAGAUUAUCGGAGUCUGUCCCGGAAGAGAUGGACAACCUCGAUCAGCAACUGUGAAAACAGUGAACGGCGUGUACGAGCGGCCUGUUGCCAAACUGGCUGUACUGGAUGUACGGCGCGACAAUAAGUAA